AUGUCAACCGCUGUUGCAUCGAUGACGCCAGCUUCCAUGUCCACACCUCAUACGACGCGAGAUCCCAGUCCCAAAAACACCACCGCAAUGGUCGGGUCUACCGCCGCGGCGCCGGCAAACUCUUCGCCUUCACGCAUGUCGACUACGUCUCAAGAUGCUCCCGCUAAGGGCACGCCGGAGCACCGCAACCCAUCUCCACAAUCUCAGAGCAGCACUGGUCCUCGCAUUCUUGUCAAGAAAGAACCACCUUCAUCGCCGCGCAUCCAGAGCCGCCCGCGGCCCCGAAAGCUAGAUCUGUCCACCAGUUUGCCUUCAUCCAGUGGCCUCCAAGUGCGCAAUCCCGGAGGUCCGAUGACCGCUAGAGAAGGUAUCACAAUGCAGAAUGUGGGCCUCGCAUGUCUGUCCCCGGGCUUUCAGACUCAUGACCCCGUCAUGCGAGAGCAAUUGCAGCGCAGCAUGUCGGUACGAGAGCAGCAGCGAUCCAUCAUCGAGGCGCGGCUACACAAAUCUGCCAAGGAUGACGGUCCCGAAGGGGUCAAACCCUCCGAGUCCAAGUUCAUGGCUGUACCACCCAAGUCAAGCUCCAAACGACGUCCCCCUCCCGGCUUGUCCAUCGUGCCGCCUUCCGCUUCUCAUUUCGCCAAUGAGAGAGUCAUCCAAUCCGCCCCUCUCAACCAGACAUUCACAGGCCGAUACCAACCGCAACCCUUGACCCGUCACAUUGUCAACCAAAGCCCAACCCUGGGCUCAACAUCACACAUGCAUCACGUCCCUGCCACUCAAACCAACAACCGUCUCCCUCCCCUCGCGGAUGUAUUUGGAUCGGAGACGUUGGGUGGUCGGGACCGAGACCGCGAUCACCGCGAUCGUGAGCGUCCCACCAUGUACGCCCACGCCUCCAGCUCCAACUCCUCUCAAUCAAACCUGGCGCCCCUACCGUCCCCUGGGCUGCCGGGAACAUCAUCUCAAACGCCCGGACGACCAAGAGAAUAUCGCUCGGCGGAGGAAGCCGUCCAGGAGAUGUCUGGCGGACGAGAGGACCUGCUUCCGCGGAUCGUACACUACGGCGGUCAUCAACCACCUACCCCACCAUCUCCUCACCAUGGUCAGGGGCCCGUAAAACCUGCGCCCCAGAUCAGCGAGCCGCCUGCGCCCAGCGCACCUCAUGCGCCCCCGAUGUUCAUGCCCGAAGGUACUGCGCGCCGCCGUCCGAGGAGUGAAUAUGAAUCCGAUAAUGGAAGCCCACCUCUCGGCCACGGCCCUGACCCCCACAGUCGGCCCAACCCGGCCGCAACCAUGGGGCCAAGCUCCACAUUCCCGGGUCCCUUUGGUGCAGGCCGAGAUUCUCCAGAGACGCAGAGAAGAAAGAAGGAAGAGUUUCUGGGUCUCUGCGCUCGGGCUUGGGACUUGUUCCACUCCUAA